AGUUCCGCCCUUCCCUCCCGGCCACCUUCUCUAGCCCUCAGCCCCGAUCCUUUUCUCUCCCCGCUCGGCCUUCGACCCCAGAACGUGGGGGUUUGACGCCCACGCUGGUGGGAGGGGCUUACAGAGGAGAGAUCUAGAGCGAUUCCCGGCCUUGAAAUCGCAGAUCCCGACGCGGCGGGGCGAAUCUGACAGUGGCCGAGCUCAGCCUUGUAUAACAAUGCACAGCUUUACACAACCGACGCAGACAGGCAUUUAAAGGCGCCGCUGCUGGCCCCUGACUUUGUAAUUAUCUUCGCGCAGACCCACCUUUUGCAGUGAUGCCCCUGAUGCGGGCUCCGCUCCUGAUCGCCCUGGGCUUGCUUCUAGCUGGCCCUGAGGCCCUUGCAAAGGUCUUACUGGACCAGUUCAGUAGCUUUUCCUGGGAGAACUGCGAUGAUGGGAAGGACCCUGUGCUGAUCAAAAGCCUGACUGUGGAGCCUCACCCCAUUGUAGAGCCUGGAAAUGUGACUAUCAGUGCUGAGACGCAGUCGAGUAUCCCCAUCAAUGCUCCUCUGAAGAUGGAAUUAACGAUGCAGAAGGAAAUGGCUGGCUUCUGGGUCAAAGUCCCGUGUAUGGAACGAUUCGGUAGCUGUACCUAUGAAGAUAUGUGCAAUACAUUUGACACUUACGUUCCCCCUGGAGAAUCCUGCCCAGAGCCCCUGCACUCCUAUGGGCUUCCCUGCCACUGUCCCUUCAAAGAAGGCACAUACUCCCUGCCCAAGAGUGUUAUCACCCUGCCCCCGCUGGACCUGCCCGGCUGGCUCAGUACUGGAAACUACCGCAUCCAGAACAUCCUGAGCAGCGGCGAGAAACGUCUGGGCUGUUUCAAGAUCGAUGUCUCUCUAGCAAAAAAUGCGCCACCAGCUGCAGCAGAAUGAAGCGGUCUGAGGAAGGCAUCCCUUUUCCUCUGUCUUGCAUUUGCCAAGGCCAAAUUCUGAUUCCCUAUCCCCCUUCGAGCCCCUUUCUACUGUGAUGCCACUACCCUUGCUGAAAAUCUUUUUGUGCCACCUCCAUUUGAGGUGUGGGCAAGCAGCUCUAACCUAAGGGAGCACGAGCUUGGCGGUUCUCAAUAGCCCUGGACAUCUACUGGGCUGGCCGCUUCAUUUUCCUCCUCACCCCCAGGGCUUUCUUUCUAACAGCUUAACUCAUUUUCUGUACCAUCAGGGGGUAGGACCAACAUGUUCUGUUAGCCCAGGUUCAGGUUGACUCCGUCUUGCUCUCCUGAAGUAACUUUAUAAUUUUUUCAUUAAAUUUUUUUUCUUUUUAACAAAAAAA